CCAGCUCAGAACUGCAAUUUUCAGCCAAGAGUAAACUUCCAACAACGAAUAGUCACAAGCAAUGGUGAAAGUCUUUGGCUCCAAGGAGCAGAGUCUGACACCAACUUGCCAAAAAUAACAUGCAAAAACCUUUUGCCUUUGCAAGGCAACUUUCAGCAGGGAGAUGUGUCGUGCUUGUCACCACAUUGCCAGCAAUGAUCCAUUCUGGGACUGGAAAGCACUCUGCAAUCUAGCACCAGACUGCAUUUGGCGCAUCAAUGUCACAACAAAGAGAUGCGACAUUCAGUUGCAACCAGUCAAGGGCUGCAUCACUGUCUACUACAAGGACUUCUUUGAAGGGCUCGAUGGUGUGUGCAACUUUUCCAGACUGCGCGUAAUCAGCUUCUAUGCAGUGAAGUUCUGUCCCCAUCAUGAUUCCAACCUACCAAGCAAUCUUCCACGCGAUGUUGGUGCAGCCUUGGCGGCAGUACCAACCCAGCUAAAGGUGCUCUACUUGACAAAAUGCAACCUGUGCGACGAAUGCAUAAAAGAAAUGAGCCUGGACAGCUUGAUAAGCCUGGAGGAGAUAAUGCUGUCUGGCAACUCUCUCACCGAGUUCCCAGUCAGCUUGUACAACCUGGGUGCCAACCUGCACUACAUAGACCUGUCAUGCAAUGCAUGUCUACAGCUGCAGUCCGUUGAACACUUCAUCGCAGACCGAACCGAGAGAAACCUAACGCCAUGUCUUCCUGGCCUUCAGGAGAUUAACAUCUCAAACUGCGAACUACAAUACGUACCCAACAACUGGCUGAGCACCUUCCCAAAUCUGAUCUCGCUAUCAUUCGAUCACAACGCCUUAAAGGAGAUCCCUGGAUGUCUGGGCGAAGGUCUGCGCCGCUUGCGCAGGCUAGUCGCAAACCACAACUGCAUUGUCCAUGCAGAUGUGGGUGUUCUGCGGAAACUAGCCUCUGGAGAUAUAGACUACAGUCUCAAACACAACCGCGAGGAUAUCGAGGACAUGAUUCGGGAUUGGAGGCGACGCAGUCAACAACAUGGCCAGCCUGCUGAUGAUACACAGAACCCAGCACAAGAGAGGCCAAGCAACAACGCUGCUAGCCAGCGGCAAUCCACAUCAGAGCGGGGACGCAGACCAGUACGACGCGUCACGGCGCUGGGACUAUCACCGCACCAGCGCAAGCAGCUGCGUGUGCAGUGCUACAGGAGACUGAGACUGACGAAACAACAGAAGCAACAGCCCAAGGCAAGACAUCAUACAAAGUCUACCAACGUGGGUCGGCCACAGAGACAACGUGCAGCCACAGAUCUGGAAGGACGAAGGAAAGGAUGGCGACAAGAACAACUGCUAACCUAUCUGAAACAACGGCAGCAACAAGUCAAUCAACAACAGGAUCAACAUCGACCGGCAAUCCCAAUAGAUGAAGAAAACCAGCCCAACACAGUUGACAAGCCUCCAAGUCCCGUUUGCCUAGAUACGCAUGACCCUGAUACCAGUCCAGUGAUUGCUACCAGUUUCAAGUCCACAAGCCUACCCAACACAUACAUGGGCAGUCAACUGCCUUAGCAAGCCGUCAGCGAGAUGUAUAUCCUUGAGAACAACGUGGAGAACGGUACACUACCUGUCCAAGAAUCCGACACCACACAGGAAACCAGUGCCUACGUGUGUCUACUGGGCUCUAGUGAAAAGUGGACGGCAAUCCGGAGAGACCUGGCGGAUUGCUGGUUAGAAAGAAGAGCAAGCCACAGCGGCAAACAGACCCCUGCUGCGGUCGCUCGCGCUCUGGACCUCUACACCCCGGAUGCUCCCACCAUGGAAAUACCGUUAGAAGAGACGGCAAGACAGGACGCUGGGAGGGCGAGUGCUGGGUGAAGUUCUGUAUUGCAGCACGGCCGUGUGGGACAAUCAAUAACACCUCAUGACUGGAUACUGCUCCCACAUCCACAGGCAGUUGGAAGCAAUAUACAACACUAGGUAAUAUCCAACAACGCCAAGCAGAAUUAUACAUAAAUACUAAUUCCCUCAACUAGUGAAUAUGCUACUAAUGACAGACAAUAACCACUUUCCUGCACGCCUGAACCUUUGCAAGCAUUUCUCGAAGGCUUCGAAAACCAUUGAGUUACCUGCGCAUGUAUGGCCUUCUCCGCUUUUUUCUACUCAACAUUAGCCCACUUGAACUAGGAAAAAUAGGAACGGAUUGAGCAAGAAUCACCAGCAUGAUAGUACAACAGUACCACAUGAUUGUACUGGCAUUAGCAAAUAGGCAGUACUAGAGCUUGUAGUAGUCUGCAGCUAGCAGUACACUCUAUCUCUCUCUUUUUAGGUUACAUUAACCUCUACAGAUCUCCUUGUGACACAAGGCCUUUUUGGCAGGCACAAUCUUUGUUCCAGUAACACAUUCAAUGUCUGAACACCUAAACUUCUUAAAACAUAACCGCAUAAACUAGUUGUACACUUAUAUCAAGACAACGGUAGUUUCUCUAUGUUAAAUAGUGUUUGCUAUUCUGAUCAUUCGCAGCUGCUUUAUACCAUAAUACACAGUAGUGCUGCCUGGCACAUGUAUGCACAUGUAGCAAGUGGCCAGGAGAAAGGCAGGCCAGCAACCUAACAAUGUCAUGCUUUCCUUUUCUUGAUUUCUUUCGUUUUGCUUGAACCCCUUGGAUGCAUAUUACAAAAUGUGUAACAUGAGGUACAUGUACAUUAUUUGUGUGUCAAGUA